AGGAAAGGAGAGUGAUGAGAGUUUUGAGUGUGACUUGGAGCAGUUGAGGAGUCUGAUCCAUAAACACACAAGUGUACGCGACAGAUGAGAAAGAUCUGAGAGUCAUGCUGGAGGGAAAGCAGGAGGAGGAGCGCAAACAAGAUCGCAAGAAACGACAGAAGAAAGAAAAAGAGAAGCUGUUCCAGAAGUAGCCAGAGGCAGAUACAGUUCUGUUUGGAGGUGUGAGCGGCUCAGGUAAACAGUUGUCAGUGGAUUAGUGGAGCAGAGGAAUCAAGACACGGCUCUGUGAAGAGUGACAUUAACACUGUCCACAGCACACCACUGAGACCAGCCGCACGCAGGAGACCCAGGAGAUAAGGGUGAAAUGUCCGGUCUGGAUGAGGUGACCUUUAAGAUCCAUCUUGGCUUUCUUGAGGAUGUUAAAGAGGAGGCUGAGCUCAUCACAGCUCCAGAAAUCGUUUUGCCUGACUACCUGAAGAUAUUACAGGAAACUGAGUAUGUCUUUAGCCUGGAGAACUGGGUUCUUAUGGGUCUCCAGGGCGGCUAUCCAACCCUCAAUCCCCGCUCUUCCUGUGAGCCUUCGGCCACCUGUCCUCCAUACUGGAUGAUGUUCAGCAGCCCUCAGGAGAGCAGGUUAGCCAGCCGCUGGAGCAGUGACUUUUGGGAGCCCAACCCUCGUCCCCGCAGCCGCAGCUUAAACGCGGCCCACUACCGCACGAUGAACGCUCGAGUCAAAUUCACUAUCUCUGACUCAGAAGAUGAAGAGUUUACAGAAGAGGAUGGUGCCGCUCUUCCUGGCGGUGAAGCACAGUCCAAGUGGGGUGGUAUGGGUUUGCCAAGACAGGGGCCAGGGUUGAAAGAUUUGCCUACUUGUGGAUCGUCAAACUUCCUCAAGCUGCCUUCACCUUGCAGCCUCGCCGCACAGCACCAGGAGACGUUGUCUUCCCACUGCAGGCAUAACUCACCCAGAAGAAACUUCAAUAGGAGUCAGAGCUCUGCUGGUCAUACUAGUGCAUCUCCCAACAACCUGCAGUCUGAAUGCAUUAACAACCCCACCCCUAAGGCCCAGGGUUCAUCCUCCUCCCCGGCGCCAUCACGGCCUCUCAAUUCCCACGCUGCCAUCCUGGACUCUUCAGUGGAGCUGCUCUCUGCUCUCAGCCCAGAGGAGAGGGAGCUGCUGGCGGCCGUGACCGAGCGGGGCUACCCUCUCCGUACGGCCAUCAUCGCCCUCCAGAAAACUGGCCAGCAGAGUCCAGAGCAGAUCUUGAGUUAUAUGGUGGCGUGUGAUCGGUUAUGUGAACUUGGCUACGAUGAAGCUCAGGUGGAAGAAGCACUUGAGAUGUUUCAGAACUGUGAGACUAAGGCCGAGGAGUUCCUUCACCUUCUUGCUCAGUUUCAUGAAAUGGGCUUCCAGCAGAACGCCAUUAAAGAGGUUCUUCUGGUGCAUGAGAACCACAGAGAGCGAGCACUGGAGGAGCUCAUGACCCGUGUGGCCUGAUCCAAUCCGUCUUAUGAUGCAGUGAAUUAGUUACGAUCAUGGUCUGAGCUGUUCACCGAGCUUGUAUAGCUGUUGCUUGUUUAUCAUAUUCUGCACUGUUUAUUCGUUGCACAUUCUAGACAUGUGUUGAGGCCUUGGGGAAAAGCACAAUUUGACAGUCGACACCAGAGAACGGCUCUGUAAUAAUACGGUUUUAUUGUGUUUUCCAUAGCAAUCAAACUUUUUGUUGCUUUAUUUAUUGAAAUGUAAACCACUGGUAUUUAUUAUGUUAAUUUUCUUCUUGGAAUUCAUACAAUUAUUAAGCUUUUUAAAAUGCAUUAUAAUUGUAAGUCCAUGAAUAUAUAUAU